AUGCAAUCUGAUACACUGGUGGAACGAGGCGCGGCGGCAGUCGACGAACGGAAAGACCUGGCGCAAGGGCUGGCCUCGUCACCAAAGCAAUGGGAACCGUUGUUCAGGCGUCUUAAGCAGUUCACAGAACUUGUCGACAAGAUUGCCGAGAUUCAUCCCUAUGCAAACAUGGCGUGGAAUGUUCUCUCAAUCACCAUCAUCGGGCAGGUCAAACUCGACCAAUCCAUCCGCGACCUCCUCGACACCCUCGAGAACGUAUACGACUUCAUGGAUCAGGCUCAGCCUCUGGACACCGUCAAAUCAGCGGCGAAGCUGCUCACGGCACUCGCUCAGCAGACGACCGAAUGCGGCUGGUUCAUACACGACUAUGCAAAAAACAAGAACUUCUUACCGCGAACGGCGUCGAAUGCUUGGAAGAAACUCGUCCAUCCAGCCCAAGCGGCGCCAGCGAUGGUGAAGGAAUACCGAGCCAAGUUCGCAGAGCUCAAGUCGCAGCUCCUCGACGGAUCCACGAUACGAACAGCCAUCGCCGUUGGGAACGUCGAUCUCGUCGUUCACAGGGUCUUGGACGCCGUCGAAGAGAUCGCCGCGGACGUCAAGAUGCAGCGGUUGGAAGAAGCCUGCGCCAGAGGUUCUCGGUUUAACAGCAAUAAGAGAUGCCUUCCAGAGACUCGUCGGACAAUUCUCCAGAUUAUAGCCGACUGGAUCAACGAUCCGCUGGACACUCGUCGCGUGUUCCUGCUCUAUGGGCCGGCGGGGUCGGCCACGUUCUACGAUAUGCUUCGCUUGGGAUCCUCGUAUUGCUUUGACAGGUCCAACAUCGAGCUUACUCACGCUACUCCCGUUUUCCCUACUAUCGCCCGCGACCUAUCCGAGCGUGAGCCUCAGAUCCGAUUCCAACUUUCGCGUGCCAUUGCCCAGGACUCCGCCCUCGCCACAUCGAACGAUCUUCGCACACAAUUCCGGCGUUUCAUCGUGGAGCCUGCAUCGCAGCUCGCGAUCUCUGGGCCGAUCGUCAUCGUCAUCGACGCCCUUGACGAAUGUGACUCAAACACACGAAGCACUCUGUUAUCAAUCUUGCAAAGUGCGGACGAAGGGGAUGCGCUCCCCUCCAAUUUUCGCGUCCUCGUCACUUGUAGGCCAGAGCCCGACAUCAUGGACGUCCGGGAUCCGCGCCUUGUUCGCGCUCAAUCAAUGAACGACGUACUGGGGGCGACCGCCAACGAGGAAGACAUACAGCUGUAUGUUCGUGGGCAGCUUUCGUCCCUCUCGAGAGCGCAUGAUGUCGAGGCCAUGUGUACCCAACUCGUACUCUCCGCCGAAGGACUCUUUCAGUGGGCUGCUACAGCGUGUCGUUUCGUGGUCGCGAAGACUCCGCCAUUGACCAUCAAACAAAGGAUGGCACUUGUUCUACCAUCCGAUGGCAAACGCACCGCUAAUGGCCAACUUGAUACGCUGUACUUAGAAGUCCUUCGUAUCACCUUCUCUUCCACGCACCCCGAGGUCAUGGAGAAUUUCCAUCGUGUGAUGAGUCUCCUCAUGACGGCGAUUGAACCGCUGUCCAUCUCGGCAUUGCAGGAUAUCGUUAGUGGACAGGCAGACCUUGAUCCUGAUAUGCUGGAAGGGGUACUCGCGGGCAUGGGAUCGCUCCUAUCUGGAACCGAUCGCUUGGACGUCGUCGUGCGCCCUCUGCAUACGUCGUUUCGAGACUUCAUUCUAGAUCCCAAACGCAGCCACGAAUUCGUCGUCAAGCCAGGGAAGGAGGAGCAUCUACAAUUCGCGCGCGGAACCCUACGUCUUCUGUUGAGCGAGCAGUUGCACAUCAACAUGUGCGGACUCGAGACGUCAUAUCGUCUCAACACGUACUAUCUCGAUUUAGACGAUCGUGUACGGAAAAUGAUCACGUCGAGCUUGGUUUAUUCCACUCGCUACUGGGCUGAUCAUCUUGAGAAGACUCCAUGCGGCUCUGGCCUGCUUCGAAUGGCGGAACAACUGCUGAAAGUCAAGUUCCUGUUCUGGCUCGAGCUCCUCAGUCUUCUAGGGUCCGUUCCUACCUGCGCAUCAGCGCUCCUGAAGCUCAAACAGUGGACACCUCGGGCAGGUCUUUUCAUCGGUUACAUCUGUCGCAUGCGGCUCACAUACGUGUUCUGCCCUUAG